AUGCAGAGUUCGGAAGAUGAAACGCCGGAAGAAAAAGAUCAUUUCGUCGCUCAACUAUAUAAAUUUAUGGACGAUAGCAAUACGCCGUUAAAUAAAAGUCCAAUGAUCGGAAAUAAAGACGUCGAUCUUCACAAACUGUUCGAUGUGGUUCGGAAAUUGGGAGGCUACAAUCGGGUAACGAACAAAAAUAAAUGGAGAUCUGUAACUCUUCGGCUAAAGCUGCCGAACAAUUUAAGCACUCAUAAUCAAGUAAAAGUAGUAUAUAAAAAGUGUUUAUUAAGUUAUGAGGCAUUCCAUCGUACUUUAGGUGUUACAAUGCUUAAUCAUCCGCGUAACGCCAAGAAAAGUCGAGGAAGGAGUUUAAUUCGUGAUAAAGAUCGGAACACUCCCGUUAACAGUCCUCGUCCAGAAAAAGAGGAGGACGUUGUACUACCGGAAAAAAAGGAAGAGGAAAAACCGCCCGAAGAAAAGCCGAAACCUGUUCCGAAAAAAGCUGAAACCAAACCAAAAGUUGAAGAAGAAAAAAAAGUUAAAGAUAUUGUACUUGCUGAUGUAAGUGAUACAAAUAGCAGCGAUGCCACUGAUAUCUUAGAGGUCACGGCGAAUGUGUCUGUACGUUUGCGAAGAACCGAAUCUAAAGCCAGCCGUGAACGUAAACCCAAACCUGCUGCUGGUGAAAAAGUUAAAGCGCUUGUGGAAAAGUUUGAAGAGCAUGCAAAAAAAGAGGAGAGAGAAGAGGAAAAGCAACAGACUAGAUCGAAAUCCCAAACCCCUAAAAUUAAAGAGAAGGAAGUACCACCCGAAAAACGCAGUCGUGAGUCGAAGACACCAGUACGAGAAACUCCAUCGCCAAGUAAGGCCUUAACUAAAUCUGUUAAAAAAGUCGAAGAUGACAAAAAGCGAGGACGCAAACGCGUUAAUACAGAAGAAAAGGACAAACUUUCGGACAGUACCAUCAUCGAGUCCUCAUUUAUCAAUCCUGUAGUGGGAAUAGGCGACAAGCUCAAGGUUUUUUAUGGUCCCACAAAUGAGUCGAAAGUGACUUAUGAGGCAAAAGUCAUCGAAAUAGAUAAAGAAGCGGUUAGUCCCAUGUAUUUGGUGCAUUACACCGGCUGGAAUACACGUUACGAUGAGUGGAUUACGCCAGUUCGUAUUGCUGAAAACCUUAGCGCGACUACUAAAGCAAAAAAAUUGAAGAGUGGCGCCACCAGUAGCAAGGUAGCGACUCCUAAAUCGUUGUCGAAACGCGGUAGGCGAAUGUCUAUUACUGGACGGAGUUCUUCACAAGACGUACCGCCACGUUCCACAACUCCAUCCAGCGUGACAUCGACCUCCAGCCGAACAAAGAGCCCCGCAACUCCCGUCGCGCGAGGAUUUAGAACGACACGUUUAGGCGAAGUGAGUCGACGCACCCGACGAACUUCGGGUCAAACUGACAUCUCGAACCACUCCGAGUCGGAAAGUGACGGCGGUACCGAAAGUGACUCUGAAAUGGUCAAGACACGAAGUGGUGUUAAAGCUGAGGACGUGGAAAAUCGAUUACUCAAAAAGAAGGCGGUGAAGUCUGCGUUAUUGCUUGCAUCAGCUCGUCAAUGCGCGAUAACGGAUAACGAUCCGGGACCGUAA